AUGGCAGCUGUUUUGUUUGAGUGCGCGGAAUCCGAUAUAUAUAUACCAAAUUUUGGUCCCAGUACGAAUCACAACAAUUGGCGUCGCGGUCAUUUUGAACCAAUAGAUUCCUGUAGUUUGGAGAACUUGAAUAUACAUGCCAGCGCGUGCGAUGUCGAAGACUAUCUUGAACGGUUUGAGAUUUGGUGCAUUACGCAGAAAGAACUCGAAGGAGAAAGCAAAACGGCUUAUUUCCUAACGGUCAGCGGAAAGGAUGCAUACUCGUUGUUGAAGAGUUUGGCAUCCCCUGAUUCUCCUAUAGCGUUGUGGUAUAAAUCCUUGGAAACUUUGCUACUGAAGCAUCUACAUCCGGCUAUUUUCGAAGCAGCUGAACGAGCCAAAUUUCAUUCACGUGGUGGACGCCAACCUGAACGUGACUUUAUUCUUCAAUUUCAGACUCAAGCAUUUGUUUGCAACUUCGGAGAUCAAUUGCAAACCCAGUUACGUGAUCGAUUAAUUGCCGGUAUUAAUUACCCGAAAUUACAGCAAAAGCUCCUGCUCAUUCGCGAUUGCACAUUUCAGUUAUCUACGGCAGUUUGUGAACAGUACCAAGAUGUCCGUGCCAUUAUUUGUGAUGAACCCAACUUGUUUUUCAAUGCCAGCAAUUCCAAACAGUCACCGUCCCGACGAAAUCGGUUUUUCGAAAAGGGCUCGAAAACACCAAGCAACGUCAGUUCUCUGGCCCGCAAUGAGCAAUGGAUUCAAAGAUGGAACAAGUGCAAUUCCUGUGGUCAAAGACAUUUUCGGCUAUCCUGCAGAUUUCGAAAUACCAAGUGUCACAAUUGCGUACGUGAAUGUUCCAAGGCAAAGGGCGGUAUCAAAAUGACACAUAUGAGUCCCGAAGUGACCGGUCCUCCGGUGCGGAUUAUCCCACUUGGACUUGAUGACCCCGUAAAAAAGGCAUUAGAUGAAAUGGUAAGCAAGGGAGUUCUGACACCCGUGAAUUCUUCGGCUUGGGCCACGCCAAUUGUUACUCUACUAAAGCGUGACGGGAAGACUCCUCGGAUAUGA